CCUCAGCCACCUAAUGUUCAGAUGUAGGCUGCGACAAUGAAGCAGAAGCUUGAGAAGUGGUUCAUGUUAUUUUGGGGGCUUUUGCUUCUCCAGGGAUGCUUUGCUCAGUUCUGGUCCCCCACUUGGGAGUGGCCGGAGACCCGGAGCCAUGUCAACCUACCUGCGGUGCAGCCUGCUGCCCCCUUUUUAAUGCCUGACCCUCCCCGUUACCACGCGGUGAAGGUGGAGUGUGAGGAGCACAGAGUGGUAGUCACAGUCCAUCGGGACCUGUUUGGGGUGGGCAAACUAGUUGCCCCCUCUGACCUGACUUUGGGGGAGUCUCCCUGCCCCCCUGUGUCCUUCGAUGCCAUGGCUGAUGUGGUGGUCUUUGAGGCUGGCCUCCACGAGUGUGGUAGCAUUGUAGAGAUGACUCCAGACUUGCUGAUCUACCAGACGAGGCUGUUUUACAAGCCGUCUCCUGCUGCCAACCCUGUAAUCACCAGGACCAAUGCGGCUGAGAUACCCAUUGAGUGCCACUACCCCAGGAAAAGCAAUGUCUCCAGCAAGGCCCUCCAACCCACCUGGGCUCCAUUCAGGUCCACGGUGUCGGCCGAAGCCAGGCUAGGAUUCGUGUUGCGACUCAUGAACGAUGACUGGAGUGCAGAGCGGCUCUCAACUAGUUUCCAGCUGGGUGAUGUGUUGCACCUGCAAGCCGAAGUGAGCAUGGAGCACCAUUUGCCCCUCAGACUCUUUGUGGACAGCUGCGUGGCGAGCCCAGAAGCCACUUCUGAGUCUCAGUAUGCCAUUGUUGACUCCAGUGGAUGCCUAAUAGAUGGGAGACAAGAUGACAUCUCAUCCACAUUCCUUUCCCCUCGGCUCUCCCAAGAAAUCCUGAGGUUCACAGUGGAUGCUUUCAGAUUUGCUGGAGAUUCCAGGAAUCUGAUCUACAUUAUGUGCCGCCUCAAGGUAACGCCAGCUGACCAAGUGCCAAAUGUCCUGAACAAAGCUUGUUCAUUCAAUGCAGCCAGCAGCACUUGGCUUCCUGUUGAGGGACCUCAGGACAUCUGCAGCUGCUGCGAGACGAGGAACUGUGAUAGGAUGUUGGGAGAAGAGCCGCAGCGCUUCAGUCCCAGGCACCGGCCCUUGGAGAUGAGCUGGCAAAGGAACCUCCCAGCAGACCUGGCCGCUCCUCAGGCCCACGUGUUGUUGGGGCCCUUCUUCGUCUUUGACUCCCCUGAGGGCUUUGGAGAGUUCCCAGGAGACCCAGCGGCUGUUGAAGAGAUGGCGAUGGCAGAGUUCAUGCCAGUGAUGGAAUUCAAGGAGGACGCAACAGGAGCCCCGUUGCUCUUCCAAGGUCAGGAAGGGGUGGCCAACUUCUCGAGAGAGCAGGAGGAUGGUCUGGGGUUGCCGAUGGAAGUAUAUAUGAGGGGAGGCCCCAUCUUCAUCAAUGGGGCAGAAGAUGGCUCUGGAUUUGAGGACCUAGCCAAUGGAGCAAAGCCAGAGGGGCGAGCAGCGCUGGAACUGAAGGCAGAGGUCAUAACCAUGCCUCUCAAAGACACUAUCUCUGGGGCUGAGAAACUCGCUACCUCUAGGGCGGGGAAACUCACUGCCAUGUCAACGGCUUCCACUGUGAAAGGUCCAGAGCAGCAGUCCAGCAUGGUGCUUCUUCUGUAUCUGCUAAUGGCAGGAGUUGCAGGUGCCUUUCUCAUCCUAGGAGGAGUUGUCCUGGUCAAAAGAUGCUGCCAUCACAACUCCGCCAGCUUGCCAUCUCCACUCGGCAUGUAACUUUUUUUCAUAUCUUCUGUACAAACUGGUAACAAGUAAAGUGCUCUACGAAGAAA